AUGAUCCUCUUUGACACGGGCUCAGCCGACCUGUGGAUGCCCUUGUCUGCCGUGAAAGUCCAGUCCACCAUCCAGGGCUCUCCCAUCACUGACCAGGAGUUUGGCCUGAACUGGAUGGAGCUGGACACCACCUUUGAAAGCAUCCACUCUGAUGGGAUAAAUGGCCUGUCCUCCUCUUCCAUCUCAGCAGCCAGGGCCGCCACAGUCAUGGAUGGUUCUAUUAAGUGGAACCUGAUCCCAGCGCCCUUAGUCCGCUUCCGUCUCACCCGGUUGUCCAUAGGGCACCAGACCACUGACGGGUGCUGCCAGGGCUGCCUGGCUGUCAUGGGCACAGGCACCUCCCUUGUCCCCGAGCAGAUUUUUGGCUCCCCCAGUGACAGCCUUUUCCUCAUAUUUCUGCCCUACCUGCUGGAACUCCAUCUUGGUGCCUUCACUGGGGUGUUCAUCUGUGGGGAGGAUACAUCUGCGAUGUUUGUCACCAACUGCGGCAGUGGCCAGAGCACCCCUACCAUCACCUUCCCCAUCAAUGGCAUCAAUUUCCCCUGCUGGGCCCUCAGUCAGGUCAGUAACUGCCUCAUGGGGUUCCAGCCCAUGUACCUGCCCUUGGAGAAUGGCUGGCCUCUGCGGCUCCCUGAGGGUCUGCUACUCCAUCUACGACACAGGCAACAGCAAGGUCUGGUCUUGGCCUUCUGCCUGGGGCUCGAUGACCUGACAAAUCUGUUUGGAGCCCUGAGGGCAGGGUAUGAGGUGACAGAGAGGAUCCCAGGGUAUAAAGGAAGAGGGAGUGCUCAGGCCCUCACUCCACGGCGAUGGCGCAACUUGGAGCGGCUUUUCCUCUGUGGCCAGUUGGGAAUCGGCUUCCUGAAGUGGACGGUGGUGGCCUUCAUCUGCCUCCGGCUCUUGGAGGCGACAGUGCUCAAAGUCCCCCUGAAGACAUUAAAGUUCAUCCGUGAGACCGUGAAGGAGAAGGGCUUACUGGAGGAGUUCCUGAGGACCCACAAGUACGGCCCCGUUCAGAAGUACCACUUUGGUGAUUUCAGUGUGGCCCGUGAGCCCAUGGCCUACACGGAUGCUUCCUACUUUGGCAAGAUUAGCAUUGGGACCCCACCACAGAAUUUUCUGGUCCUUUUUGAUACCAGCUCUUCCAACCUGUGGGUGCCCUCUGCCUACUGCCAGAACCAGGCCUGCGUUGGCCACGCCCGCUUUAAUCCCAGGGCCCUCACCUCCUCCACCAACGGGGAGACCUUCUCCCUGCAGUAUGGUGGCAGCGGCAGCCUCACCAGCUUCCAUACUCUGACCGUCCAGAGCAUCCAGGUCCCCAACCAGGAGUUCAGCCUGAGUCAGAAUGAGCUGGGCACCAAUUUCAUCUACUUGAAGUUUGAUGGCAUCAUGGGCAUGGCCUACCCUGCCCUGGCCGUGGGUGGGGCCGCCACAGCCCUGCAGGACAUGCUGCAGGAGGGCGCCCUCACCAGCCACCCAGUCUUCAGCUUCUACCUCAGCAACCAGCAGGGGUCUCAGAACGGGGGAGCAGUCAUCUUUGGGGGUGUGGACAACAGCCUGUACAUGGGACAGAUCUCCUAGGCCAGCACCCAGGAACUCUACUGGCAGCUCACUGAGGAGCUCCUCAUUGGCAGCCAGGCCUCCAGCUGGUGCUCCCAGGGCUGCCAGGCCAGCAUGGACACAGGCACAUCUCUGCUUACUGUGCCCCAGCAGUACGUGAGUGCCCUUCUGCAGGCCACGGGGGCCCAGGAGGACCAGAACAGACAGUUUCCUGCGGACUGUAACAACACCCAGCGCCUGCCCUCCUUCACCUUCAUCAUGAGUGGCGUGCAGUGCCCUCAGCCACCCUCCUCCUACAUCCUCAAUGGAAUGCUGCCCGGUAGUGCUGUGCAGAACAAUGGCUACUGCACCAUGGGGGUCAAGCCCACCUAGUCCUCCCAGAAUGGCCAGCCCCUGUGGAUCCUCGGGGACAUCUUCCUCAGGUCCUACUAUUCCAUCUACGACACAGGCAACAACAGGGUGGGCUUCACCACUGCCACCUAGACUCAGUGCCUGGACGCCUGCACUCCCUUCUUCCUCUUGGCCCCCUACCCUGCAGGGGAUUCUCUCUGUGCUUCUUUGGAUUCAGCUUUCCUUUUCUGGACUCUGGACUUCCUCUCCUAAUGAAUAAUUCUUCUCCAUAUUGGCCAGCUGGUGGUUUUUAGAGGGCAGUUGUGGCCUGUAAGGUGACUCCCGGUCUCAGGCAAUGGGAAAGAGUCAGGGGCAGGUUUGCCUCUGCUGGACCAUGUUCUCCCUGAGAUGCUAGGAGGUUUCUGGGUGGGUCACUGAGAUUCUAAGAGAAAUGGGGCAUAAGGUAGGGCUUGGGGAUGGGCCCUGUACCCCUCAGAGCCUGGAGUCUGUUCACAGCUUCUCCCUGGAGGGAAGACAGUGGUAGUGGCACGAGGCAGGGCAUUCCUUUGUGAGGGCAAAGGAGCCCUACUCAAUCUGAAAUGCUCUGCUGUCCUAAUUUACCAAACUACCACCAGAAUUACCCCAUGCAUGUCUCCAUGCACGUCCACUCCUAGUGUGACUAGGAGUCCAGUGCAUCCCAAACCUAGGCCUCCAUCUCCUUAUCUGUGAACAAGUUUGCACUAGGAGUGUUCUGAGGAAUGCUGGAUGCCUGUGUGUACUUGUAACAGUCACGGGUCCUUUAGGGAGGAGGGUGAUGCCACCAGACCCUACUCCCAGGAAGGCUUCAGAAGGUCUGGGCUGAGUUAAGCUGAUCCUAUUUUCACCCAGACUUUUAUGUCCCAGGGCCUGUAUCUGAAGAAGGGCUGGCCCUCAACCAUGGACAAGAGGGACAGCUACUUGAAUCACAUGGAAAUCAAGCCCACUUGCUCUAACCAACUGAGCCAGGGCUCUUGUCCCUCUGAGCUUCAUCCCUGCCUCCUUAGGAGCCACCCAGCAACAGACGGAGAAACCUGUGG